UUAGGCAUCUUUGGUAGACCGUAGAUCGUAGCUCAAGAGAACGCAGCCUGUGGACAUCGUCUGGAAGUGUUGGUUGUAAUUGCUUGUUAUGUCAGGUUAAAUGGUAUUAUUAUUUCAGCUAUGACCGAAAUAUAUACCAAUUUAUUUGGCCAAAGCGACACUCAAGUACCUCCGGGCUCCUCGGCAAUAGGUUUUGGUCCAGGGAAACCUCCGCCGCCGCUUCCGCAAAACCAAGUGUCAAUGCCGGCUCAGAUACCACCACAGCACGGGGAUGAAGGGCCUGCUCUGCGGAAACCUGGUGUCAUGAAUGAACCCUUUUAUUUGCUUCGGGAACUGCCAGUCGGAAACGAUCUGACGGGAAACACAAACCUUAUAACACAUUAUAACUUGGAGCAUGCAUAUAAUAAAUUCUGUGGAAAGAAAGUCAAAGAAAAACUCAGCAACUUUUUACCGGAGCUGCCAGGUAUGAUAGAUGUCCCUGGCGUACAGGAUGGAAGCUCACUACGGUCUCUAAUAGAGAAGCCACCAGUGUGUGGUAACUCCUUUAGUCCGCUGACUGGAAAUCUACUAACUGGCUUCCGACUUCACACUGGCCCGCUUCCUGAACAGUACAGACUGAUGCAUAUCCAACCUCCAAAGAAAAAGAGCAAGCACAAGCACAGACACCAUCGGCCACAGGAUCCUAUACCACCAGUACUGCCAGGCAACCACCAGAGAUCAGUGGCCUCAAGCUUGUGCGAAGUAGAGAAGCCUAAUCAACAUUUUGUUGGCCGUUCUGUAGAGACCCCCUCAGAUUCUGAUCCGAAGAAGAAGAAGAAAAAGAGGGAUGAUGAUCCUGACCGUAAGAAGAAAAAGAAGGACAAGAAAAAGAAGAAGAACCGCCAUAGUCCUGAUCACCCCGGCCUCACCAGCUGCCAGCCAGGCAGCAACAGCCUGAGAUAGGCAGAAACCAGAGGGGGAUGACCAGUGUGUGUGUUUGCGAGGAUGCGUGUGUAUUAUAUGAGACUGUUUUGUGACAUGGAUGAAGAGAAUCAUUAUAGAUCAUUGUACAGAUCACUGUAUUUACAGUCAACUCAAUUUAAUAAACUUUUGAUAAAAAAAA